CUGAGCCUGGGAAGCUCGGGGCUUGGUGCAUCGGUGCAGAUGAGCGGCGGUCUGUGCCCGGCAGCUUGUGCGCUCCUCGGCCUUGUCCCCGGUGCCUCGCUUGCGACUCUGAUCACCCCAUCGCUCAUCGCCGCGGGCAGGACCGCAGCGACGGGGCGGCUCUCCAUCCCCCGCCGGCGCGCCUCUGCACAACCCCUGGUAGCCCUGCGCUGUGCCAGUCCGCGCGGAGGAGAGGCCGCCCUCCCGAUCCUCAGGCCUGGCCCCCUGGGAAGCGUCGGGAGCCGGCCUCGUCCGCUGGCGGUGGAUGCGACAGGGACAACUAGGACCUGGAACUCGGGACGUUGACGCGACUUAGCCGAAAUUCUUAGGAGAAAUACUGUGAAUAGCGGUGGCAUCACUGCCACCAACAAAUUAGAGUUUAAAUAUAUUGUUUCGGGCACCAUGACGCUGAGGCUCCUAGAAGACUGGUGUAGGGGUAUGGAUAUGAACCCUUGGAAAGCGCUGUUGAUUGCUGGCAUUCCCCCAGACCUGUAAUGUGGCAGAAAUAGAGGAGGCUCUGCGGGCUGGUUUAGCUUCCUUGGGCGAGUACAGACUGCUUGGGAGGAUGUUCCGGAGGGAUGAGAACAGGAACGUAGCCUUAAUAGGGCUUACCGAGGAGACUAGUUUUGCUCUGGUCCCUAAGGAGAUACCUGGAAAAGAGGGUGCGUGGAGAGUGAUCUUUAAGCCCCCUGACCCAGAUAAUGAAUUUUUACGCAGAUUAACUGAAUUCUUAGAAGGAGAAGGCAUGACAUUGGUUGAGUUGACCAGAGCUUUUGGGUAUGGAAAUGACCCUUUUGACCUAGACCAGAACAUGAUCCCAGACAUGCGGGCCCCCAUGUUGGCACAGGCAUUAGAUGGGGCUCUUCAGCCUGCCCUGCAAUACCUGAACUACAAAAAGCUGAGAGUAUUCUCAGGCAGUGAUCCUCCAGAACCUGAAGAAGAAGAAUUUGAAUCCUGGUUGUUUCAUACUUCUCAGAUGUUGAAGACAUGGCAGGUGUCAGAUGCCGAGAAAAGAAGGCGAUUGCUAGAGAGCCUUAGAGGCCCAGCAUAUGAUGUUAUUCGGGUCCUCAAGAUAAACAAUCCUUUAAUUACAGUCCCUGAAUCCCUGCAGGCUCUUGAGCAGGUGUUUGGGGUUAUUGAUAAUCCUAGGGAGUUACAGGUCAAAUAUCUGACCAUAUACCAGAAGGCCGAAGAAAAAUUGUCUGCUUAUGUACUAAGGCUGGAGCCUUUAUUACAGAAACUGGUAGAGAGAGGAGAAGUUGUGAAUCAGGCCCGCCUAGACCAAAUCAUUGCUGGAGCAGUCCACAGAACACUGCGCAGGAACCUUGCUCUUCCAGAGGAUGGCUCAGCCCCAGGCUUAUUGGAGUUACUAGCACUGAUAAGAGAUGAAGAAGCAGCUGAGGAGGAGGAUGAAGCCCUUCUCCAGGCAGAGUUAUGAGAGGGGCAUUUCACCUGAAUCUUAGGAAACCAGAAAAGGACAGUGACAGUGAGCAAAACAUGGAGGUAGAACAAUCCAUAUACUCCAGUGAUAGACAACCAAAUCCUACCUUGUGAUGCCAAGUAACUCAUUUUUGCACAGUUCUCAGUACAAAUCCAUUGUCAUUUGUGUACCUAUUUAAUAGCUCCUAAAUGUGUCAUAGACUAGGAAGCCUAGUUCUGCACUGGUAUUUAUAUAUUUAAAUUCACUCUUGUGAAUCUUUCAUCAUACAAAACUGUACAAAAAUUCUAUCACUGCAUAUGUAUACUGCUCUAAGAGGAAGGCAAGGGUCAGGUGCCUCUGCUAACCUGAUCUUGUAGAGAUGCCAGCUUGGCCCUGG